CGCUGUGCGCCUGCGCGCUGCCGCGCCGCGCCUGAGGGGCGGCCCCGGCCGUGGUGGCUGCCGCGGGGCCUGGGACAAGCCGUCAAGAUGAGCGGUACCCUGGCGAAGAUCGCGGAGAUCGAGGCUGAGAUGGCCCGGACGCAGAAGAACAAGGCCACGGCUCAUCACCUGGGGCUGCUGAAGGCCCGCUUGGCCAAGCUGCGCCGGGAGCUCAUCACCCCCAAGGGAGGCGGCGGCGGCGGCCCCGGGGAAGGUUUUGAUGUUGCAAAGACAGGUGAUGCCCGAAUUGGGUUUGUGGGUUUUCCAUCAGUAGGGAAAUCUACUCUUCUAAGUAAUCUGGCUGGUGUAUACUCUGAAGUGGCAGCAUAUGAAUUCACUACGCUAACUACUGUGCCUGGAGUCAUUAGAUACAAAGGAGCAAAGAUACAGCUGCUUGAUCUCCCGGGAAUUAUUGAAGGUGCCAAGGAUGGUAAAGGCAGAGGGCGGCAAGUCAUUGCAGUUGCUCGAACCUGUAAUCUCAUUCUGAUUGUUCUGGAUGUGCUAAAACCCCUUGGUCACAAGAAAAUCAUUGAGAAUGAACUGGAGGGAUUUGGAAUUCGUCUGAAUAGUAAGCCCCCCAAUAUUGGCUUUAAAAAAAAGGAUAAAGGAGGCAUUAACCUUACAGCCACAUGUCCUCAGAGUGAGCUGGAUACUGAAACAGUGAAGAGCAUCUUAGCAGAGUACAAAAUCCACAAUGCUGAUGUCACACUGCGCAGCGACGCCACUGCUGACGACCUCAUUGAUGUUGUUGAAGGAAACAGGGUUUACAUCCCAUGCAUUUAUGUCCUAAAUAAAAUUGACCAAAUUUCCAUUGAGGAACUAGAUAUUAUUUACAAAGUACCCCACUGUGUACCAAUAUCUGCUCAUCAUCGCUGGAACUUCGAUGAUCUGCUGGAGAAAAUUUGGGACUACUUAAAGCUAGUACGAAUCUACACCAAACCUAAAGGGCAGCUCCCAGACUACACCUCUCCUGUGGUACUACCUUACUGCAAGACCACAGUGGAGGAUUUCUGCAUGAAGAUCCACAAAAAUCUCAUCAAAGACUUUAAAUAAAAUACGUGAAGGCAGCAUUCCAGGCCAUUGUCCUGUAUGCACAAGUACUUUGGAUGACUUCAUGGUUUGUUUUGAUCUGCUGGUACUCUGGUUCACACAGCCCACUCAUCCAGGUACUUGCAGGAGAAUAAAAAUAGCUCUUAAGCAUUGCUUUCUGUAUUAGCUUUGUGACAGAAAUAGCUGCUGUUCCAUUGUUGGCAUGUUACACGUUUAAGCCUUUUAAACUUGAU